GACCUACGCUAAAAAUAGUAAUGCCGGCCAAAAUAAUGGCAAAACUAAAAAUGAGCAUGUUGAAAAUGGGAACAUUGACCAUAAAAAUAAAUUGGACGAUAGACGCAAAUUAACGUUUCGCGAAAAAAUUAUUUAUACACUUUUACAUAAUUAUGUACAUCUAAUGUUUGGCUUAACACUGUCGAGUAUGGCUCCGGCAUUUGUAGACUAUCGGGCGAUAUUGAACACAGAGAUGUCAAUGAUAGGACUGUUUCCUAUGUUUCAGGCUAUUGGCAUAUUUUGUGGAUCAUUUACAACUGUCAUAUUUCGAUACAUCAAUCGUCAAGUAUUACUGUCAGCGUUGGUUGUGUUGCAAGGAUUGGGUACAAUAUUUCAGCCCUGGUCUACAUCAUUGUGGCACCUGUAUGUCUGUAUAUUUGUGUACGGGUUCGGUAUCGGUGCCUGGAAUGGUACCAAUAAUGUCAUAAUCAUCGAAUUAUGGCAAUCGAGAAGUCCGUCUGUUUUGCAGUUUUCGCAAUUCAUGUACGGUUUGGGUACAGUUUUGGGACCGCUGUUGGACCGUAACUUUGUGUUGGGAGAACAGAUAUGUCCCGGGGUUUUCCCUAAAGACUGUACUACUGGUCCAACUACUAUCGGCACUACAAUGUCAUCGUUAGUGAGUCAAUCAAUUACUGCUAACUUUUCGGGUCAGUUGUAUGCAUCGGAAAGCAAGUGCGAUCAGGAAUGUCUGUCCUAUGAUCGUAGACCGCAACUAAAGAUACCGUUACUGAUUGGCGGACUCUUGCAAAUAUUAGGUGCUGUCAUGUAUUUUACAAUGUUUUUUGUAAAACGGUAUCAUUUUGACAAAGAGACUCAAGUGGAGGCAUUAGAGAGCGAGGAACAGAAGGAAAGGUAUCGUAAAUAUGUGCCGCGAAAGACAAUAGUCGCCUGUAUUGUAAUAUUCAAUGCAACGGGUAUUAUGUCUGAAAUGAUUUACAUGGACUUUGCGCCCACUUUCUACCAGUUUUGUUCGGUCAGACUGCCGGCCAGCGAGGCGUCCGAAAUGUUCUCAUAUGUCGGUAUUGCGCUGACAAUCGGCCGCUUUAUGAGUGUAUUCAUUGCUGUCUACCUAAAGCCAUGGGUUAUGAUAACCUAUCAAACGCUUAUAGUAUUUGUAGGCUUUAUAUUCCAGUAUUACGCUCAGUAUGACUAUAAAUUAUUAUUAGCCAGCUCAAUUAUCAUAUGUUUUGGCUAUUCAUCAAUAUUUAUCUGUCUGUACUCGUUUGUCGGCCAAUACAUGAAAGUUACCGAUAGAAUGGGCGGUCUGUUUAUCGGAUCGUACAACUUGUUAUACAUGCCAUUGGCCUACUUUAUAGCCAAAUAUGUGGAGAUAGUACCGGAAAGUUUUGUCUUUCUAGAGUUGGCCUGUGUUUGUGUGGCUAUCGUUGCAUUUUCCUAUGUAUUAUAUUCUGUACGCAAUGUGCCGAACGACCUGAUCCGAAAAAUUGCACCGGUAGGCGGACAUUAAUUAUCAUC